GUGUCUGUCACAGUGAAAACGUAGCACACAGCUUUACAUUCACAUUCCCUCUGCCUCACCAAAACAAAACAAAGAUGGCGUUAGCACAGAAGCGGACACAUGUUCGGCUGCCCCCUGAAGUGAACCGCAUCCUGUAUGUGCGUAACUUGCCAUACAAGAUCACCGGUGAGGAAAUGUACGACAUCUUCGGGAAGUACGGAGCCAUCAGACAGAUCAGAGUUGGCAACACACCGGAGACUCGAGGCACGGCAUUUGUUGUGUUUGAGGACAUUUUUGAUGCCAAGAAUGCGUGUGACCACCUCUCAGGCUUCAACGUGUGUGGCAGAUACCUUGUUGUCCUUUAUUACCAGUCUAACAAGGCUUUCAAGAAGAUGGAUGCAGAAAAGAAGCAGGCUGAGCUGGACAGAGUGAAGACCAAGUAUGGCAUCAACACAGAGGAGCUUAAGAAGUAGCACUGAGCGUUGUGUGAGUGAAUGGUAAAGGUGUUUUAUAUCUCGUCAUACAUCCGUCUAUUUCUCAGACUGGUGUCCUCUUUUCACUGGUAUAUCAGUCUGUCUCUCCAUUUCUAUUUUUUAUAUAUCAUGUCCUUAGUUUAUCAGGCAUCUUGAUUUUUUCUGGACACAAUUGAAUAGUGGUUGUGUAUAAUGUACAAACUUAGGAUGUCAACACUUAUUUCAGUUCUCCUUGGUUUUUAUAUUCCAUUCCUUUCUCAAUCUUAAACUGCCAGAUAAUUAUUAAGGUGGCUGGUAAAUUAACUUAAAGUUUUGCCCCUAUAUACUUUUUUUAACUGCAUCCAGCCUAGUCACCAUCAGCAUGUUAUUACCAGUCAACAGUUGCAGUGAUAAGUUUUACACAUUUCAAAGUGUUCUCUUAUUCCUGAAAGUGAAUGGAUAUUAUGUAUUUUUUGAUAAGCGAUCCAGCAGCCAUGCAUACAAUUUAUGAAACUCGCUGAUAAUUUUUUUACAUAUGUAAUUUUGAAACAGCAUGUCAUAUUUAUCCGUAAGUUGAGAUUUUUUUGUAUGAAGAUUUUCUGGAAAGUGACCACUGUACAAUGUCUAGUUUAAGAUAUCAAAAUAUACAAAAGUUC